UUCUCCAACGUAACAAUCUCACUCACACUCCUCGAUGACGAAUCCUCUUCCGUGCUUUAUCGACACGCGCGUCUUAUCCGUGCUUGUUAUUAUUAUCCGCCGUUUGGAACCGGCCGCUGGACGCUCGACUCGUCGAUAAAAGAGAGAAGGAAAAAGAAAAAAUAAAUAAACGGUCCUCUCGACCAUCUUUCUUCGCGCUCUCACCACCACCUGGUCGAGAGAGUGAUCGCCUGUUCGCGAGCCGUGCGUGAUCAAGAUCUGACGUUCAACAGGUGGUUCGGUAUAUUGCAUCGCGGUUUUGGUGGACGAGUUGGGGGUAGAUUGGGGUUGGUUUCGAGCUGUAUACACGGAAGGUAUACGGAAGAAGGUUUGUGAAGAAGGUUUCGUUCGACCGGAGGGAGUCGAGGGGGUUGAUUGUUCGCCGGAAGGGAAGUUGGCCGGGUUCCGAAUCAAACUGGACAUACUCACCGCCACGUCGGGACGUACGGAGUCGUGGAGAUGUCCGCGGGUCGCUGAGAGAAUGAGGGAGCUGGACACCGAGAGCCCUGUUGUCUGGCCGGCCUGGUGUUACACUGGUGAGGUAUCAGGUGAGAACGUGUCCGCGGGUACUGGACCACGUAGUGGCGAUCGUGGAGAGGGGACUGAUUUAGGUACACACACGGAAAAUAACGACGGGGCCACCCUGGCCGCGAACACAGCGGUCGACGCGAGGGGCGGAAGCCCCCAGGGUGCCCACCUUUCCGGUGCGGCCACUCCCAGACCGCUAAGGGGUAGGAGACGACAAAACCAGAAUGGUCUCGACACCACUCAAGUUAAAACAGAACGGCUCACGCCAGACAAUAAUUCAACGUCGUCGAGGAGCGUGACGCCCUCAUCGUCCAGCCAUCCAGGAACGCCACCAAAUGCUACCCCUUUGGGUGGACCCGAGGGCCCACCACCACCCCAUCACCUCAAACACAUGGAGCAGAUGAUGGGUCGGAAUUAUAGCGAUUUCAUGAGAAGCCUCGCUGCCAAGUACAAUAACGCCAAUCCUAAUGACUACUUCAGUUCGCCCAGAAACGGCUAUCCUCCAGGCCUAGAUCCAAGGUUUCCGGCGUUCAAAACUGCCGCCACACCCUUCGUCGGUUUGAUGGCGCCGUUGGGUGCGCCACAACCGUCAACCGUGUCCACCACCUCCCCUCUAUCCAAUAAAGAUCCGAAAGAGCAGAAGCAGGAGAGUCUGUUCGGUAAUCCCGUGUUCCCACCGAUGCUGGACAUGUCGUCGACGCAAGCACUUUUGCACAUGGUGAGGACCGCGAAUGCUGCACAAAAUGCUGCAGAACUGGAAACGUAUCUCAAAGGUGCGAACAAAAGAGACACGGGAGUGACGAGUCCUCUGGAUCUGUCGAGUCCAGGUGGAUUCGCACCGCGGAAAAGGCAGAGGGCGGAAACGAGGAGAUCGGGAAGCGUGUCUCCGAAACCGAAGCCAACCCCUCGACCCACCACACCACCUCCAGUCAGAUGUCCAUCCCUGUGUGGUCACAUGCCGUGUGGCGAUGGGCAAGCUGUCAAUCGAUGGACCAUCGAGGACGUCGUCAAUUACGUGUCGUCGAUCGAUAUUUGCGCAGAGUAUGCACAGAAUUUCCGCGAGCACCGGAUCGAUGGAGCAGCGUUGCCCCUUCUCUCGGAGGACCACCUGACCGGCCCAAUGGGAAUGAAGCUGGGCCCAGCCCUGAAGCUUCGCGCCCUCCUCGCCCGGAAAUUGGGCGCGUGCACGGUCUGCUUGCACUGCGCGCACUGCCACCAGACGCCCCUGCCGGCCCUGAACGCGGCCGCGGCUGCCGCCGCCGCGUCGCAACAGCAACACCAGCAGCAACCGCAGCAGCAACAGUUGCCUGGAAGGCGGCCAAGCAGCACGGGGAACUGACAAACAAUGGCGGAGACUCCUCUGGGCCCGGAGGGCACUGUGGCGCCCUCCCAGGACCCGAACAGGGCCCUAAGGAUAGAACGGCGCGUGUCACGCCCGAUACGCAAGCCGGAAGUGGUGUUCAAGAAGCCCAUCAAGCAGUGACGCGGAUCACGCGACAGCAUCGCUUUGCGUGUGCACACGUGACGCUGUGGAGGCUCCGCCUGUGUGUUGUCCAUCGAGUGUUCGUUCAUCGGGGGGAGGGGGGGGAUGGGGUGGGGGGACGACGUUCGACGACGAUCAAGAGUUUCGUGUAUUGAUACGAUUAAUUAAGAGUACCUGGAGAUAAAUGACUUACUUUUGUCCUCGAGGCAGAAUUUUUACCUUCGUUGUACUUACGUACUUAACUUGUGUUAUACGGCUGGAUCGAUUCGUGUGAAAUAAUAGGGGGGUGGGAAUAGGCGGUUCUUUGAGAAGGGGGAUGAUUGGGGGAGGGGGCAUUGCGUCUAGGAUGAAUUACGAAGGAUUUCGAUGGUUGAACUUGGAGUUGUGGAUAAGAAGUCGUGGUAUCUUUUCUUUGUUUCUUAUUGCUUCGUUUAUUUAUAUUCUGUGUAAUUUAUUUCUCUGUAAUUCGAAUCGAUUUGAAAUAACGAUAAUUUUUCUUUUUAUUAGCCAUUCUAUCGACUCGAUACGAAUUUAUCACACGAUUGAGCAUUUUCUUCAUCUCAUUCCGUAAAUCAACGUACGAACUUCUUGUCCACCUGGUAUCGUUCGAAAGUUCGACUCGAAAAUUCAAUUUCGGAUCGAACUUGAAACGCGAUGUUUCAUCAUCGUUCGAUCGAUAAUUUUAUUAUUAUUAUUGUCUUUCGUCGAAGGGAAGAAACGAGAGGCUCGGAACGAUACUCAGUGCCUGAAAUUCGGAGACGAAUGUGGAAUCAGCCAGAUCAUAAAAUUUAUUUAAGAAAAGAGAACCCCCUUUCUCCUCCCCCCCCCCCUCCCAGAGGUACAAUUCUCGACACUUGAUACUUUCUAGUUCGUUAUUUUUUUUUACAAGUCGUUAAGAGACUUGUACCAGCUGGCCGGGCUUUCACGAGUUCUCCUCGCCUAGAAGGAAGUGGAGGGUGACUAACAAGUGUUAACGUUCUCGCGUUUAUAAAUUAGGAAUAGACACGCGAUGAGCACAAAGAAGCUGACGCUGCGUGAUAAUCAAAUUAAUUGGGAUGGCAAUUAGCGAUUAGAACGCCUCGUUUACGUGCUUAUUCAAAUUACACAUCCUUCGAUAAAAGAGGAAAGGAAAAAAAGAAGAAGAAGAAGAAAGAAAGAAAAUCAGCAACCGGAAGCUACGUGUUCGAUCCUUCGUAAGCAAUUAGCGUGUCAAGGUACUACAUCGGUUUCACGCGAUAUUAACGGCCUUGAAUUCUUCGGGAAUGUCUUCCUUGGCGAAGGAAAUUAACGUUUUAGAAUAAUUACCGCGCGAAUCGAAGUUCUAAGCGAUGAAUUAAUUAUUAUAAUGGAGAUUUUUUUUUUCUUAUAUAUAUUUAUAUAUAUAUAUAUAUAUUGAUAAAAAAAAAAACGAGUGCCUCUAUCGAUCGAAAAAGUCUUCCAAAAGGAUAGCCUUUCUUAGAUGGAUGAGAUAACGAGAACGAGGUGAUUCUUUUAACGUGCAGAAUUUGCGAUUUCAAGCAAUGCUGCCCCUUGUUACCUGAGAACAGAGAUUUCGUAGAGAGAAGUUCAUUUACAGAUAGCACAGAGAUGUCUUAUUGUCUUAAAGAUGUGUGGUAAAAUAAUCUAUUAACAGUUUGAACGUGUUUUAAAAUUGUUUCGUAUUGCAAAACAGAAUAUUUAGAACAGUUAUUCCACAGAUUUUAUCUGUAGUUCCAUACCAAGAAUUUGAAAAAGAAUGUGCAUAUGAUUACUUUAUUUCUUUAUUCGUGUAAUAAUUAUAUCCGCUAGAGUGCGCCACCGAUCCUAAUUUACGUAUUUCUACAUACGUAUUCAUUCAGUUUUUUCUUAUUAAAAAAAAAGUAUCGUACUAAUGUAACGAAUCAAAGUAAUUAUAAUACAAUUUUAAUUACCUCAAGGCAUCUUUAAAUUCAUGUUAUCAUUAAAUUUAAAAUGGAUAUCAGAUAUCCGGUGCUAUCUGGAUUGUACCAACAAAGUAAUUAUUCGAAUUCUUUCACAUGAUAAAUUCGAAAAAUUUAAAUUAUAAAGCAAAUGAAUUUAUUUAUGCUACUCAAAUAUAGCAGCAAUAAUUAUUACUCCACGGCACUUUUCAUUUUAACUUGAAUUACGAUGAUAAAAAAUACAUUUGCUUUGAAACUAAUAAUAAUUAACUAUAUAAUAACAAUGCAAUGAAAAUUAUUUUUAAAUUUUUUAAACAAAUUUAAACACUUCUAAGAUAAAAUAAAUUUAAGAAUAUCAGGUUCAUUUUAAACAAUCGAUCAUUCGUUCAAAAUGAAUUCGAAUAAUUUCACUGGAACACUAACAACGACAGAAAACAGAAAAGUGUCGAGUAACGAAUUCUCAAUUCUUCAUUAUCGAAUGAAGAAGUGGAAACAAUGAAAACGAUGAUAAAUAACACGAGGAAACAGUAAAUAACUGUUUGUAAUUAAAUAAACUGCGAGCAAUUGUUAUUUGAGAGUAUGUAAAAGAUGAGUGAACGAGAAACGAUUGCGUGUAAGGAUCGAGUGAAUUGAAGAGAGAAAGCAAGAGAGAGAGAGAGAGAGAGAGAGAGAGAGAGAGAAAGAAAAACGAAACGAGACAACAUCAUAUCAGCGAAAGAGGAAAAUGAAAAGAAAGGAAAAAAAAAAAAAAACAAUUAAUGUGCAAUAAUGAUGAAAAUGAACGUUUUUUCAACGCGGUACUUUUUAACUGUAUGGAUAGGAUGAUAUACGUAUUUGCUCAAAUCGUUGUUUCUUUUAUAUAUUUUAACGAAGUUUUUAUAUGAAUGAAUUAUAAUGAUAAAGUAUAACUAAAUUAUAUUUUUGCUAACGUUCUACGUGCAGAUCACACGCGAAGAAGAAGAUCAUCACGCGCGGAUACAUUCGCAUACCGUAGUGUAAAUGUAAUGUACACAUACACAUACACAAACACACAAGCGUAUGCAUGCGUACGCAAACACACACACAUACACACACAUGUAUAAACAAACAUUAAGAGACGAAUUGGAAAGAAGGCGAUACACGAUGUAGAUUUAACGUGAUCGACGGAUCCAGAUCGUAGAAAUUAGAGAAAAAAGGAAAACUGUAAAUUAAUUUUUCUUCCUCCCUUAUUUUCAACGUUUAACGUUUAUUUAUUUAGCAUUAAAACCGUUGCCUUAUUGUAUGUUCAUGUAAUAACAAUUUAGUCUUUAUAAAAGAGGAGAUAAAGCACUUGGGCGUGCGACAGUUGUUAUUAAGUGGAGAGUUGAUAAGUUCGUAAGACGAGCAGUAUUUUUAGAUUUACAUUAGCCUGAAUUUACUGCAGACUAUAUACGUUUAUAAAUAUUAUGUAUACACAUACACACAUACAUACACAAACACACAUACAUACACUUACAAGCGCGGUCUCGCGCGCACAUCUGCUCGUGCUUCCAGUUUUGUACUUUUGCUUGUACUCUUGCUUAUGGAAAACAAUUUUAACAAAUUUAUUUCGAUUUUUCGAUAUUUCGAUAUUUCAUAAUCGAAUUCAAUUCACUCAAAUGAUUUUUGAAUAAAUUUUUCAAACUUCAACUUUUCAUGAUUUCAAUCAUCUUCAUUUUGUGUGUAUAUAAUUGGUGUAUAAAAUCUUUUAAAAAUUUUCCAUAGAACUCGCAGAAAAUUUAAUAACAUUUUAACGUACAGAAAAUUAACGUACGUAUAGAUAUAUGAAAAGAAAAGAAAAAUUCUGGACAGUACGAGCGGACAUUAACCGAGCUAGCGGCUUUUACUUAAACCGAGAAUCACUGUACAUAAUGCUUAAGCAUUUAUUUAUAUCGUGCUUUUACAAAAGGACCCGUAGUAUUUUAUUUAGUUUCGUAGCAAAAGGUUUACGCACAUCAUUACCGCGUGCAUAGCACGAGAUCAUUUAAUUGUCAGGUGUGCGAACACGGGAAGAGUAUGCGUGCAUUUGUAUUAAGGAAGGAAAUAAAAAACAAAAAAAAAAAAAGAAAGAAAACAGAGGAGAAUAGAGAAAUGAAAGGAAAAAUUCGUACUGGCGUGACGUGGAAAUUAUUUAAAACGAAGAAAAAAGAAAAAGAAAAAGAAAUAUGAGAAUAAUUGUACAGAAAGGGACGACAAUUUUGGAGAAAAAGAGGGAUAAAGAAACGGGCAAUAAGGCAAUCUUGUGAUAAUCUUUCGAUGAUUUUUAUUCUCCACCCAUUUCUCCAUCCUUCGUUUUCUUCUGUGAUUUACGCCUGCGUCCUUAGUUUAUUCCUUCAUCCUCGAAUGAAAAAGAAGAAGAAGAAGAGGAAGAAAAAAAAAAUCCUUUCGACAUCCCCUUUUUUUAUUUCCCCCCAUCGCGAAUCUGUCGUGUAUUAUUCUACUGAUUAACUGUCUUAUUAUGUAUAGUAGAAAUUAAUGGUGAAAAGAGAACAAGAACAGUACAUUGUUUCUGUUAAAAUAAACAUUGUUGAAAAAUA